GUUUCCACCGGCUGUGUCAUAUAAAACCUGCAUUCAGCUGUUAGUCAGACGAGGAAAAUUUCGGUUUCCUUCCCGGCGGGUGGCGUCAAGUCUGGUGCCUGAGAAGCCUCGCUUCACCAAACUGGCGGACUAACUCAGACUCAGCACAGGAUCCCCCUCAUUUCAGAUCAGCCAGCAGUUAAUCAGCUCUGCCUUGACUCCACCUGCCCGCCGCCGAGACACAAGGCCUCCAACCAUGAUGCAGAUCAGCAGCGACUCCGCCAGCAACAAGCACUCGCUCCUCAACGUCAUGCACCGCUUCAUAGCGGCGGCCAACAACAUGGACGAGACCAUCAUGGUGCCCAGCCUGCUGCGGGACAUGCCGCUGGAGGAGCAGCAGCUGGAAGCCAACAACAACACCACCACCACCACCGAGCCUCCGUGCAACAACAGCAAGCAGCAGAGGGACAUGUACGAGCACUACCUGCUCCUCAAGUCCAUAAAGAACGACAUGGAGUGGGGCCUUCUGAAGAGGGAGAUGAGCAGCGGCGCCAGCUUCCUGGAGAUGGCCGUGAAGCAGGAGGAGCAGAAGCCGCUCACUGGCGACCUCCUGGAAGACAACUCCGACCUGGAGAAUCAGUUCCACUACCACCUCAGGGGACUGUUUGGAGUUCUCUCCAAACUCACGCUGCAAGCAGACCACCUCACCAACAGGUACAAGAGGGAAAUCGGAGGAGGGAACUUCAUGAGAUAGAACCACCGCUGCCCCCCCUCCCCAGCCCCUCCUCUCUUUCUGGACUGCUUUGUUUUUUUUACAAUGGGAUGUUCUUCACUGGAAGGGCUUCAUCUCGUCUCAGCUCCUUUUGAAGGACUGAACUGACCACAGCUUCUAACACUCCAAACUCCCGCUCCAGCCAGCGACGCCCGCAUGUUGGAGGUUUUCCUCAAGCAGUCCAGAUGACGCACAGCUCUCGUCCCUUUUCAUUUCAAAAACUACCAACUCCUACGAUGACAAUUUGGUUCGUUCAGGAAAAAAAAAGCUGAGCUGAAGGGCUCUAAACCUCUCGAGGUCCACGUCUUCCCAACGUGACGUGCCUUGACUUUUGUACCCUCAUGCCCUGUUCGGUUGGCUCCCAUCGUCUCUCUGCUUUAACUGCUGCACAGGCGUGUCGCUCUGGCAUGUUCAGUCGUCCGUGAAGAUUUCAAACACUUUUAUAUUGUACUGAAAUAAAUAAAUCUCUCAAUGUA